AUGACACCCACAUUUGCUGCCGAGCAUAGACCGUUCAUUUUGUUUGCCCUAGACGCCACGGAGCACGGCUUGUCGGAUAGCGAGUGGAGCUCUGACAGCGGCGCUUCUAACGCUGAAGUGAUUGCCUCCUCUGCACUCAACAUGCACCUUGUAGAGCUCGUGACGUCGCGGCACCUGUCGCGCGUGACUCACCACAGACGUGGAUACACCACUGCUGAGUGCGCUAGAGCCGCUUCCUCUGAGACCUCACAGUCAACUUGCGCUAUUGGCGAGGCACCCAGCAAGCCAGCUCGUAUCGACGUUAGAAGCCUCAUCCGCGCGGCCCUCUCGCAGAGUAGCGAGCAGUGUCCAUCCACCAACGUCAACGAUGUGGCGAGCCAGGUUGCCGCGGCGCUAAGGUAG